AUGGCGUCAAGAGUACAUCCAGUUACAAGUUCGACAGUAGCACAACCUCAAUUCUCUAUUCACCCCAAUAGAACCACUAAUGAUGGUGGUGAUAGUAAUUCUCAGUUUGGUGGAGGGACUUCUGCCACAUCUGGUUCGUAUGCUUCCUCCUUGUCAGGGAAAAGCAUAGUGAAUACUGCAGGAAUUAGUUUGUUCUCAUUUGUAACCACACUAAGAUCCAAAGAGUCAUUGAUUGGGAAAGAGAAUACUUACAUGUUCUUUUGGAUGAUAUUCUAUCAUGCCUAUUUGAUUUAUAAUUCAAUCAUUGUUUCUUCCAUUACAACACCUUUGGUGGAUGAUAACUCAACAACAUUGACAAGUGGCAUUUCUAACAAGAUGUGGGGAGUGAUUCCAGGUUGGAUUUGGAGAGCUUUGUAUUUUCCACUCAAUUUGGCCUCUGAAUUCUAUCCUUAUUAUCUUAUUGUUGCCUUAUCUGUGUUGUUUGUUGUUUUACAAAUCAUGACAGGAUUGGCCAUUUAUUAUUGUAAAUGGGCAUCAAGAAAGGGAGGAAAAUUCUUUGAAAAGUUCAAAUCAUUUGUUUUGAAUUCAUUGAUAUUUCAGAGAACCUUUUCCUUAUUCAUGCUCUCAGUUCAUUGUAUUUUAAUUACUCCAAGUACUUCUUCAAUUGGAUCACUCUAUUACUUUCCAAAUGAAGACUUCUCUUCAGUGCUACAAAUCAUAUUUACGGCCAUUGCAUGCAUAGGUAUUCUGUUGAAUAUUGUCCUGACAAUGCUUGCAAGUUAUUUGACAGUUGAAACAAGUGCUGAAUUGAAUAGAAAGAUUUUAUUCUCCAUGUAUUCAACUUCAACAUUCAUACUCUUCAAUUUGGUAAAUCAAUUGAGUUUAGUUGCCACCAUUCUUUGCACAUCUCAAUAUUCAUUCAUUGCUUCAAUUUUGAAAAUUGUCAUGAAUUUACUAUUAUUGGUAAUCAUGUUGAAAACAUUGCCAUUCUUCAGGAAAUGGGAGAAUUGUUUAUAUAUUGCCUUCAUUUCAUUGAAAGCAUUCACUCCAAUUUCACCAUUAAUUUUGCAGUUCAUUUCAACUUCAUUGGACCAACAAGUGAUUGGUGGAAUUAUGACUGUUGUUACUUGUGUACUUGCCAUUCUUUCAUUCAUUCUUGGUUUUAUUGGUGCUCACUUUUUCAUUUCACGUAAAUUGAAAUCAAUCAGAAAUUUAAUUUCCAACAAGGCAGAUAGUUCAAAUAUUUUAUUAACAUUGGAUGAUUCCAAAAAGAGACAAGACAAUUUGGCACUCUUCAUUCGAUUUUCAAUGAAUUGCAAAUCAGAGCUCAAAACAGAAGAAGGAAGUGAUUUUGAUUUGGCCAAGCACAGUGUGAAUACAUUUGUGAAAUCAAUUGAAAAUGUUGAUUUGAUGAUUGUGAGUGCAUUAUUUGUUUCAUUUGGUGGAAUUGAGGAAUAUGAUGAUUCUCAAUCAUACAGUAUUGGUUUGGCUCUUUUACAAAAAGCUCAAAGAAAUUCACCAUCACUAGCUCAAUUGUUCAACAUCAUGUUGAGAAAUGAAGAGAUUGAAUAUCAUGCAUUCCAUGGAAAUAAUCUUGAAGUUUUGAGAAAACUUGCAGUGGUUGAAAAGAAAGUCAAAUCCUUAUCUAGAUGUCACAAAUCAUUCUUCAAAGAAUUACUGAAUGACAAACCAUCCAUUGAUAAAUUGGAGCACAUCAAUAGAACAAGCUGUUCCAUUUACAAUGAAUGUGACACCAUCUAUGACAAUUUAUUGAUUGCCAACCGAUCCAACAAGACACUUCUCAGAUCCUAUGCCUCAUAUUUGGAAAAAUACAAAUGGGAAAUCAAUUUGGCAAGAGAUUUAUUUGAAGAAGCACAGGACAAUGAUGAUGAUAAGAAGAAUAGAUCAACUCUCCAAAUAUCCAAAGCCCACGAAUCAUUUCACAAAGGAACUACCUCUAGAUUCAGUAUAGACUCACAAAGAGCCAACUUGGAAAAUUGGGAUUCUGUAAGUGUAACUGCCGAGGAUAAUGAAGAUAGAAAAGAUCAUAUCUUGCGCACAGCCAUUAACACACCAAUGUCAACGGUUGUGUAUUCUGUAUUGUUUUUCAUUUUUUGUGUUGUCUCAUUGUCUACUAUAUGUAUUGUUGCUCCAAUAGCCUUUUCAUUUUCUCAGAGUAUUAACCAAAGAAUGUCCAUGCAAGAGAAAGUAUGCUUAAUGACAUCUGUGCCUUACAAGUUAUUGGCACAAAUAGGAGCUCUUCAAACCGAGUUCUAUUCAAGAGGAAACAAUACUGAAAAAUUACUCAACUCUACAAUUAUAUACACAAAGACAUUGUUAGAUACAGUUGGUACUGUCAUCUAUGCAGGCGAUAAUAAUUUGUUAAUGCCUGAAGUUGCUAAGGAAUAUUUGAAAAAUCAGUAUGAUCUUAAACUUCCUAUUGCUAAUGAAUCACUGGACGGAACAAGCGAUAUUCCAGGAUAUAAGUCUACCAAUACAUCUAUUCAAUUCUACUUGUCUUCAAUAUUAACACACGGUAAAACGUUGUUGAAGCAAUUUAAUAAUAUUGAGGUGUUAACAUCCCAUUUAGAUGAUAAUUAUCCAUACCUAUUUCUAUUUUACAAUAGAAUAUCCAUGUCUCUAGCUUUUAAUGGUCUGUGUUCAAAAUUUGUUGAAGAAAGUAUUGAUGUUUUGGAAGCUAAUUUUGAGCAAUUAUGGAUUACUGUGAUUUCUGUUCUAACCACGUAUCUACUAAUUGUAAUGAUUUACUUUUCCAUUAUCUUUGUGCAUGCCAGACGAAUAGUCACUGAGCUAAGGGAGGUAUUCAGAAGGAUUGCAAAAGACGAAGUCGGAAAGGUUUAUCACAAUUUUGACAAGAAAAUUGAUGACUCAAUAAGCUCGUCUAAUUCCUUUUUUAAAAUGAGAAAUUUAGUAAUGAUGGGAAGUUUUGUACUCGUCAUAAUUGUUUGCCUAUGUUCCGUCUUGGUUGUUGUAGAGCUACAAUCAAAUACCAAAAAUAGUUCCCAAUCUAUGAAUGUUGUUGGUUCAAUCAAUGCAGUUUCCCUAAGAACAAGUAGAACCAACUUUAGGUUACUUUGGUACUUUCAAAGAGUAAAGUACCUCACUACUUUGCCUUUGAUAUUCAAUGAGGAAAAUAAGCAAGAUUUACUUGACUUGAGAACUUACUGGAAUUAUGUGAUUGUGGGUGAUGAAUCAACAUCCUAUCAAUCAGCCGUUGUUGGAAAAUAUCAAGAUGUAGACUAUAUAUUAGGAGACUUUUGUAACGAUACCAUUCCUAUGGAAGAUCCUUGUCAUAGUUUGACCAUUGCACUGACGGAUUAUAUUACCAAGUCUUUAGAUUACAACGAAGUAUUCUUUGGGCAACAAAAGAGUAUGACACAAAUGGUGACUGCUUAUUUUACAGACAUUUUUUACAUAACACAAACAAUAACUACCAAUUUACAACUUCUUAUAUCCACCCUUGUAGAACACGAGAAGAUUUCAAGUAUUGGCCUAACAGCUAGCAUGAUUGUGUUGUGCUUUGUUGCCACACUUUUAUACGCAUUGAUUUGUUACUCUUCAUUGAAAAGAUAUUGGAAGGAAAGAGCAUGUUUGAGAAUGAUGUUGAAUUAUGUAAAUUUGGAAUUGAUUGACAAUAAUUUGAUUUUGAAAGAUUAUGUCAUGAGUAAUUCUAUUCCUUCAUCCUCAAAGAUAACAAAGUUAAUGUCCAAAUUUGAGAUGAGUUCCGAUGAAAAGGAAGACAAGAUUGAAAUGGUCAAGACUAUUUUGAAUGGAGGUGUUGAUUCUGCCAUUAUUUGUGAUAAGGAUGGAAAUAUCACCAUUUUCAACAAUUCAGCUGAGGAAAUGUUUGGACAUUCGAGGUCACAAGUUUUGGGACUCUCCAUUCAAUCUCUAUUCACAGAUGAGUAUUCUCAAAGAAUAACCAAAUUAAUUUCAACAGGUGAAAGUCAUGAUGCAUUUGAAGCAAUGGCUCUGAGAAAGAACAAGACUUCAUUCUCCUCAAAAGUUUCAGUUUCAAUUUCAAUUCAUGAAAAGAAGCAAAUUUUGAUUGUUUUUGUUCGAGAUAUUACACCUGAAAAGAAACAGAGUAUUUUGAUUGCAGAGGAAAAGAAGAAGAGUGAAGAUUUAUUAUUGAAUAUAUUGCCAAUGUCAAUGGCUUCAAGAUUGAAAAAUGGAGAAGAGAAUUUAUAUGAAAAAGUGAAUGAUAUCACUGUAUUUUUCAGUGACAUGGUUGGCUUUACAGCUUGGAGUUCAAAAUUACAACCAAGUGAGUUGGUACAAAUAUUGAAUUUAAUUGUUCAAGGAUUUGACAAGUUGACAGAAGUUCACUUGGUUGACAAGAUUAAGACCAUUGGAGAUGCUUAUUUCUGUGUGAGUGGUUUACAUUCAAGCAAGUCAUCGGAUCAUCCAGAAAGAAUGUUGAGAUUUGCCAUUGAAAUCAUGUCCUUCUUGAAAAAUAUCAAUCAGAGUAAUAACACAGCCAUUAAUUUGAGAAUUGGUCUUCACACAGGAGAUGCAGUUGGUGGAGUGAUUGGAUUUAAAAAGUUUGCCUACGAUUUGUGGGGAGAUACAAUCAAUACUGCCUCUCGAAUGGAAUCAACUUCACUUCCAGGAAGAAUUCAAAUUUCCAGAUCUACCUAUGGAAGAGUUUAUGAUUUAUUUGAGUUUGAAGAGAGAAUGGUUGAAGUGAAAGGAAAAGGACUUUCUCAAACCUAUUUAUUGAAGGAGAAACAUCAUGAAAAUCCACUUGGAUGUGAUCUAGAAGUUUCCUAUCAUACUCCUUCGAGUUCUAACAAGCUUGUUGAACAAGAACAGCAAGAACUCAAGAAUUAUUAUGAAAAUUCUGUAAUAGAUGAAUCUGAAAAGAAAUAA